GACGACGACAGCGGGCCUGGGAUUUUGCUUGAUUCGACCGCUGUUUGUGCAUCGCAACCGAAUUUCUAGCGAACGCUCUUCAAGGCGCCCUCACUCCAGACGCCAAUUCCCGCGCACGUAGAGUACACCGGCGCCGGACACGUACGCACGUACUUGGAGGUCGUCGUCAUGAGUGGGGGCUGGAAUACAAUCGAGUCCGAUGCGGGCGUCUUCACGUACCUGCUGGAGGAGCUCGGAGUCAGGGACGUGCAGUUUGAGGAGCUGAUAAGCCUGGACCCGGACGACCUGGCCGAGCUGCACCCCGUCUACGGUGUCAUCUUCCUCUUCAAGUACCCUACCAACACCCCAUACACGGCGAGCGACAAGCCGCUGGACGGCGAGUUCGACCACGCCGCCGCAGAGCGCCUCUUCUUCGCCGCCCAGACCAUCCAGAACGCGUGCGGCACCCAGGCCCUGCUGUCGGUGCUGCUCAACAAGGCCGACGAUGGCGGCGAUGACGACGACGGCAAGGAGCAGCGCAUCGACAUCGGCGCGGCGCUGCGCGACUUCCGCGACUUCACCAUGCCGCUGCCCGCCGAGUUCCGCGGCGAGGCCCUGUCCAACUCGGAGCUGAUCCGGGGCGUGCACAACAGCUUCGCGCGCUCGUCGCCCUUUGCCGACGAGACGCAGCGGGCGGGCGCCGACGACGACGCCGACGACGCCUUCCACUUUGUCGCCUACACGGCCGUCGGCGGCACCCUGUACGAGCUCGACGGCCUGCAGCCCGCGCCCAUCAGCCACGGCCGUUGCGGCUCGGGCGGCGACGAGUUCGCCAACAAGGUCAUGGAGGUGCUGCGGCGCCGCGUCGCGCGCUACGAGGCGUCCGAGAUACGCUUCAACCUGCUCGCCAUGGUGCGCGACCUGCGCAUCCAGGCCGCCCAGCUGGACGACGACGAGGCCGCAGAGACGGAGCGCCGGAAGCGCCGGGCCUGGCGCAUCGAGAACUCGCUCCGCCGCCACAACUUUGUCGGCUUCGCCGGCGAGGUGCUCAAGGGCGUUGUCAGGUCCAAGCUGGGCCAGGGCGGCGGCGACGACGACGCCGCCUACGACCGCUGGGUCGCCCAGGGCAAGCAGAAGAUGCAGGCCAGGAUAGAGGAGCGCAAGAAGGGAAGGGCCGGGGGUGGGGAUACGGAGAUGGAGGGUUGAUGCUGACGCUGGGCGACGGGGUGGAUUUUGAUUUGACGCGGCGCUGGUCAGGGCUAUUUCUCCAAGCAGCAUGGCGGUUACCUCUUUUGCUCUACUCACCUCUAAUACAGGCGCGCGAUUCUGAUGCAGCCCUGACCCUUUGUCCGACGGGAGCGAGGACCGAAAGCUCAGCGCAGUAGCUACCGUCCGGGGGCGGAGCGUGGCAGCUAGAUGUGAAGACCAGAAGCUGAGCCCAGCAUGUAACUGCCAGAUGCUAUUCACCGCGGCCUUGACUCCAAGUUGGGGAUUCUCUGAGAAGUGACCGCCGCAGCUGACAAGCUACUAGCGCCUCGAUAUGGAAACAUGCUAGCUAGAUAAGUAGGUAGGUAGGUGGCUGCCGUCACCAUUGCGCGUCCCAUAGCGGCCCGAGGCUGAAGUCGCCAAGAUGCGUCGUGGCGCGCCAGACGCAUGCCAAUGGCGUUCGAUAGCUGGGAGCUGAAGGCGAGCUAGGGCGCUUCAGGUCUGUGGAGACGGGCCCAGGUUGGGUAUCCCGACGGCUUGUUGUCAUGCGUCCGUGUGUGCCUGCCUGGCAUGUGGAAACUGCGGUCACACCUUGUCCGUCGCCCCCAAGGAGGACGGCUGUUGUCGUUAUGGCAGAGGUUCACGACAGGACCCAGUCAGCGUGCUACUGAUGCGUAUCCGGCACGCUAGCCCUGACCGGGGGGAAGGAGGAGGCCAGCUUGUCGGUUCGACGGGAUACGGGAUUCGGCUGCCGAAAUAGUGUGAGAAAACAUGCGCGCGGUGGCGCCGUUUACGCUCAAGAGACGGUGCGCUGAGAUUAAUAAAAGGGAGAGGAACCCGUGUGUGUGUGUGUGU